AUGAGUAGUAACAAUUAUAAGAAUGAAAUUAUUGAUGAUAAUGAUAACCAACGUUUUCAUCGAAUACGUACAGAAUGGUUUCACAAAACACAACAACCAACUGUACCAAAUUUAUACGAACAAACAAUCACAACAACAACAACAACUAUAGAUAAAGAAUUAAAUUCAACAACAGAUGAAAUGACAACAACACAUUUAGAAAAAAGUCCAAUAAGACGUGUUAAUCUUGUUACAGGACCACAAUCAGCAUUUGCUCGUCUUUUUCCAGAUAAAUAUAGACAAGAACAAGAAGAACUUGCAAGAAGACAACGUUCAAAAUCAUCAGAUGAUCAACGUUAUAAUUUCGAUCGAGUUAAAUAUCAACAAAUACCUUGUAAUAAUAAUGAUAAUGAAAUAAUAACAAGAACUCGUCAAGUUUCAUUUUUUGAUGAAUAUAAUAAUGAAUUUUCAUCUGAUCAAAAUCUUUUAAAUACUCGCACAAAAUCUGAAUCAUAUAUUAAUGAAAAUUUAACUCAUAUGCCACUUAAUUAUGAUCCUGAUCCAGAAAUAAUCUAUCGUGAUAAUCCAGAUAAAGUUGUUUAUAUACAAAAAAUAGGUGUUCGAUAUUUAAAACCUCCAACACCACCACCACCUGAACCAAUUAUUGUUCGAGAAAUACAAUCAACACCACCACAAGAACCACCACCACUUGUUGUUUCAUCAACACCACCAAUUAUACCGCGUACUCCAUCACCAUUAAUUGUUCGUGAACAACCACCAACUCCACCUCAACAUCAACCAGCAAAAAUUAUUACAAAAACUUUACCACGUCCACCAACACCACCACGUCGUGUUAUUAUUAAACGUAUUCCACCUUUGCCAGCUAAACCUCGGCCAGUCAUUAUUGAAAAAUGGUUACCAUAUAAAACACCACCGGAACGAGCUGUUAUUUAUGAACGAGCACAACAAUCCGAACAAAUUCGUCAAAUACCACGAAAUGUUAUUCUUCAAUAUGACCAAGCAAAAGUACGUAUUGAACAAGAAAUUCAAAAUGUUGGUUGUUUUCGUGUUGAUCCAGAAAUUUAUCGUGCACAAUUUGGUACAUCACUUCGACGUACAGAUAGUAUUCGAAAAGUUUUACAAGAUAUUGGUUGUAAUCCAGAUUUAAUAACAUCAACUAAAUAUAAAGCAUAUUGUUCAUCAAAUCGAGAUAAUUAUUUAUUACCAUCAUCAUCAUCACCUUAUGAUUAUCAAAAACGAACAACUUGUUUUAGUGAUGAACAAUUCUCUGAAUUAAUUGGUUCAACAACAAAUAUUAAUCAUCAUUAUGAUAUACCAUCAACAUCUAAUAAUCAAAAUAAAAUUUAUUAUUCAACAGUUUUAUCAAAUAGUUAA